AUGGCUCCACGGCCACAGCUGCCUAGGACAGACAUCUUGAUCCAGCCGAUCGACCACAGCAACAACUACAAAGCCUUCACCAACCUUGGCCUCUUCAGGAUCUCUGGUGUUGUCCCAACAGUGGACGAGUUGACAGCCUUCAACAAAGCUGUACUUGAGGGCAGAGCAUGGACAGAACCCACCGUGGAUGAGCGCUACAUUUCUCAGGGAAUCCAUGAUGUCCUGCAGGCCUGUUUGACUGCGCAUGGUGUGCUGAACGGCGCCCGCGAAAACUUCGUGUUCAAACGCUCGACCCGGGUCUUUACAAGCUUUGAGCUCGAAGAUUACGAUGAGAAAAAGGCCAUCAAGAAGACCGCUGAGCUGUGUGUCCGAGCCUUCAAGGGCGUCCACGAGGCGCUCAAACGCAAGCGUGCGGGAAGUGUGGCCUCGUCUGAUUUCCUGCGCAUGUUCAUUACGAUCGGCGACUGGAUUGAGGUGACGGAGGGCGUCAAAAUCGUCUACAUGUUCGCGCUUCCCGGAAGUUCCAGCAAUGCAGCCGAAGUCGUUACGGUGGACAAGCCGGUGAUGGUCUUUGGCGUGGGCGAGGCUUCAGACGAGGCCGGUUUGGCCAGGAUCAUCCAGCAAGCUCUGAAGGGAUCCGCAGUCCCCGCAGCAUAA